UUGAGCAAAGCGAACGGACGUGUAAAGCGGAUAGUGCGCAAAGUGUUGACGGUUCAACAGUUGAGUUUUGAGUAUCGAGUGGCCAGCAGCAACGAAGCAAAGCAUUCGAAGCACACGGAGUGGUAAAUUUGUGCUUUAAACCGAAAAAUAAAAUAAUAUAGUUGCAAAUAUAUAUUUUUUGCGAUUUAAAAAUAAUUCGACUUGAGUUGUUAUUCUACUGCUAGCGCAAUUUCUGCUGGCCUGUAUGCUCGUAACGGAUGCAGCGAUAGACUGCGUAUGCGCACAUCAACAGUUGGGCAUGCUCCGUCGAGUAGGACGGUCGUUGGUCGGCUGCCAGCACGAGAACCCAUAUAGAAUUUUAACGCGCGCCGGCAAGUGUGCGAAAGUGCAAAGUGAAAAUGUGUGCAAGAAAAUGCGGCAUGCCACAAAGAAGAAAGUGACUAGCCGCCAGACGAUAACCCCUACGGCGACGAAGUCGAAGAUGACGUGCGCGAUAACUGCGGAACCGCGUCGCGGUGCAUGUAAACGCUCUAUAUGGCCCAUGAACUUGUUGUGGUGUCUGCUAGUAGUCGCCUCGCAGGUAAACGGGUUAAACUACAUCGAUGACACAAGUACAGCAGUGGCGGGCACGUCGGAAGCCAUGGCUCAGGCGAUGGGUCUAUAUGGCGCGCGCGAACCGCGUUUCGGUGACCGUUUGCUGCCGCUGCGCAAAAAGGCCGGUGCAAUAGUGGCGAAUGUGACGCCGAGUCAAAGGCAAGUUAAUAGCCUCUUGAGUAAAAGUAAUUAUGUGGUGAGUUACGUGAGUGGAAAUAGUGCAAGUGGCGCGGCAGCUAGUGUGAAAGCGUUGGCACGUGCCACAGCCGCAAACUCGACUACCGAAGUGAAUAUAUUGCGCAAUAAUAGCGCAAGUAGCGUAAGCGCCGCCAGUGUGAGUGUUGAACCGAAAAUCGAAUUAUACACAAUGGACUUAGGCGUCGAACAGGCUCACUACACGGCUGCACCAGCGACAACGCAACGCCGCAGCAAGCAGCUGAGUAGGCGCGAGGAUACAAAUAUAGGCGGACUGCUGCUGGACUCCACCACGCCCAGUUUAAGUAGCAAGGAUGCGAACAUCUCCAAGGCGGACCGCCUCGUCGUCAUGUCCACUGAGUUCUUUGUCGUGCCGUCCAGCACACCGUCACCGCGUGGUGCGCACAAGCCAGGCACGCCAGCACGCACAGGUGCCAAGGCAGCCGUGCUACCCACCUACCUACAACCACCUCCUUCGGGCGCGUCCGCUGGCGGACCACGCUCGGUGUUAAUUGUAGCUCCCAAGCCAGCAAACGCGACCUCAAACACAGCGCAUACGGGACACGCCGCAGUAUCGCCGUCCAUGGUGCCAACACACCUGCCCUUCACUGGACUGCGCAAGGAGCCGUGGGUGGUGCCGGUGUUGGUAUUGGCUGCGCUCACCAUGCUAAUGAUGACCGCCUUUGAAAUCUUCGUGCUGUUCAAAGCGUGGCGCACUUCGCCCUCACGUCGUCAUCUCUUCCUCGGACAGAUGUUGCUGCUGGGACUUUUCGCCUGUGCCGGGCUGGGAGCCGUGUUGACGGCACAACCUUCCCUCCUUACCUGUGGCACCAUACGUUUUGGUGUGGGCGUUGCCUACGCGCUGGUCUUCGCUGCGCUGCUUGUCAAAUGCGUCUUCCUCAUCAGUCUAAAUGGUGGCGUCUAUCUACCGGCGCCCUACCAAGGCCUGCUGCUGUUAUUCGCUGUGCUCAUACAGGUCGCCAUAGGCACACAGUGGCUGCUCACCCAGCCGCCUGAGAUUUACACGCAGAGUGUGCCUAUUUUGGGCAACAGCCUGCUGGCACCGACCAUAGCUUCCAGCAGCGCCACAUCGGCAGCGCAGACCUUCGCAGUGCUCUUUCAGUCACACAACCCCGCACCAACCAUUGCGCCCUCAGCAGCUGCGGUAAGCUCAAGCUUGGGAGCAGAUUUGUACGCGCGCAUCACGGCUGCUAGCACCGUGCUGAUACCGCUGUGUAAGACACAAUUCUCGGAGCUGCUCUUCUCGCUUAUCUACAUCGUCUUCCUCAUCGUGUUCGUCGCCGUCUUGGCCAUAAAAUCGCGCGGCAUACGCGACAACUACCGCGAGGCCACCUACAUCGGACUGGCCAUUGGCGGCGCCAUACCCAUAUGGCUGGGUUGGAUGCUGUGCGGCCUGGCGGUGGCGGAACGGCACAAGGAUGCCUGCAUCGCUUUCGGUCUAAUCGCGACAUCGGCAACUGUUUUCUUGGUGAUGUUCAUGCCGAAGGGCCGACAAUUGGCCGCCAUGGGCAAGGAGGGCCUAUACGUGGAGGAUCGAGAGGAGCAAUUCAGCUCGCUUAGUCGUGCUGGCUCCGGCUAUUCGCCCUCAUUUUUUCACUUUAAGCCAAUCAAGUACGGAGUGAUGGGCGGAGGCAUGCAAAAUUCGGCGACAAAUACGGGGAACGGCGCCAGCAUGAAGCACUGCUCGAAUGGGCUGGGCGGAGGAGGUGAGUGAUCGAUUGAGAUUUGUUUUUUAAGACUUUUGCAGUAGUUUUAAGUAAAUUUGAGUGGAGGUGAAAUUCGACACAGCAGUGCGAUGGAAAUUCAAAUGAAAUGGGUAAACUGCCUUUGAAAAGACGAAAAAAUGUAAAGAAAAUUAUGAUGCGAGUAAAAGAUCUCAAAAUUUUCAAGCAGUCUUCAAAGUUAAAAAUCAAACCUUUUUAGUGAGCAAUAUCGGUAUACUAGAAAUUUAAAAUUUUCACUUUUUCUUGGUUAUGCGAGCAGUUCUUAG